UUUAAUUUACAAGACAUUUAUUUUAAAAUAUUUGUUUUGAGUUUAUGCAACCAAUUUACUAUUUUUAAUGUUAUGCCGUUAUGGUUAUUGACAUAUUUUAACAUGAUUCUAUUAUAGUAUCAUCAUAUAAUUAACAAAUGUAUUAUUUACAUUUGUAUAAGUAUAUUUUCAUAGUUUUAUACUUUCAAUAAAUAACCAAUGUUUAAAAAAGUAGGGAGUUUUGUUUUUACAUCUUUUAAAUAUUUUUGUGUUGCUCAUUGUGUAACAGAAUAUGUAGCAGAUAUAUUCUUAUGUUCAGGGGAUUCCAUGGAGCCAUCUAUCCACUCUGGUGAUUUGGUAAUUAUUCAACGUUUCUCAAAGAUGAUCAAAAAUGUAGAUAAAGGAGAUGUAAUUAUUGCUAAGUCUCCUGAAGAAUAUAACAAAUUCAUUAUGAAGAGAGUGAAAGCUGUUGAUGGCCAAAUGGUUAGAAGAGGAAUAAAUUAUCAAGUGGUACCUAGAGGCUCUGUAUGGUUGGAAGGCGACAAUCAUACAAAUUCAACAGAUUCUUGGGAUUUCGGUCCUGUACCUAAAGGAUUAAUACAUGGACGAGUUGUUUGUCGAAUUUGGCCUAUAUCACAUUUCUCUAUGAACAUUUAAUGAUAUGCGUAAUUUAGUGAUUAAGAAGCACAAUGUAAUAAAUGUAAUAAAACGUUCAUGUUGAUGUUAGUAAAAAUUAAAAAAAAAAGACCAUAAAUCCUUAA